AUGCCCGUGCCGCCGAGCUCGCCGGGGCAUGCGCUGCACAGGCCCUCUGCAGUUAUGGAUACUGUGUCGGUGCCUGGCUCGCCAGGGGCUAUAGCGCCGACGGGCUUGCGUAUGCUGAGUCUGCCCACGGUCGGUGCGACGCAAGCAGCCGCCGACGCGGCCGUGGCGGCAAUGAAUUUGGCUCCCACGCGGCGCUUCGACCCCAUGCUAUCGAAAGAAGAGCGGGCAGACACGCGCGUAGAUUCGCAGCGUACGCGCUAUUUUCGACGGCUCUCUGCAUUGCCGCCUCCGCCAGUGCACGCGCCGGUCCUGCCUACGCCGCUGCUGAAAUUUGUCGACGCCAUUCGCGGUAUCCUCUUCUCCCUUUCUCAGAUCUACGCCGCGCUGCAGCAGCACAUUUGUGUAUCUACAGACGAGAGUGUAGCGGCGCAGUUCCAGCGGCCCCUCGGUGUGUCGGACGUGUCGCUCACAAUGCUGAUCGGCGCACUGGACAAGUUCGACGUGGCGGCACAGCGCGGCGUUCCUGAGCCUCCUGUGCUGCGCUUCGUGCUCGAUGCGUGCCAGGAGAGUGUGCGCACAUUCCAGAGAAUGGUCGCGAUGCUGCACAUGCAACUCUCCCAGCUCGAGCAGAGCGUCGAUGUGCGCUUCACACGAACACUCUUGCUCAUGCUCUACGGAAGCGUCGCGGAGAUCCGGAAUAGCGCCGCGAUCAUGUCGCCGCAAAUGACCGCAGUUAUGCCGUACCUUGCGCAGGACGCAUGCGCCGAGCAAGAAGGCAAUGAGUCUCCGCCCUCGCUCCUGGCCACGCCACUCUCGCACGCCCGCUCCGCAAAACACAAGGGCGGCUCGAUAUCGUCCAUUGCCUCGCUCCGCGCUCCCCACAUGUCUCCGUCUGCCUCUUGGAAAGUGUCGCCGCGGAUAGGGGCGCCGAGCCCAUCCGCAGCGACACGCACGCCCAAAGGGCCCGUGCGCUCGCUGAGCGGCCCCUGCCGCGCGGGUGCACCCGAGCCCAGCGCGAUCGAUGCACAGCUAUACAGCCUGCUCAACCAAGUCACCGAUAGCUCCCUCGCCAUUUGGCAUGAGCUACACACCUAUAUCCAGUCCUCCCUGCAGCAGGACACAUCGCCCGCGCAACCCGGAACUCCCACAGGAACACGCUCCCGCAGAUUGCGCGAUGUUGACGAAAUGUGCAAGAGCACCAUGGAACUGACAAGCCGCUUGCAAGGCACCAUGGCGCGCUUUCACGAAGACGCAGCGCGCAACGCCGCUGCGGCACCUGACGAUGCCCAGCAGCUAUGGGAGGAAGCAAACCAUUUCGUCCGUGCAAUUAUCCAUAUCUCUACCCUUAUCAAGGCCGUUGCGGCGAACAAUCCGUUCCCGCGCGAGCUCAUGCGCCGCGUCGGCGAGCUGAACCACGGCUGCUCCACAUUGGCCGCCGAGCUGCUGCGCGUGUGUCCGUAG